AAGAGAAGCCUAGUUUUGGUUUUGCUAUAUAAGGGAAAGUGGACUUUCCUUUCUGGAACUUCAGAUUCCAACUUAUCUUUCUUUCUGGUUUUCUCUCUCCUCCAAUUGGUGGCCUUUCGUGUGUAUCACCCUCUCCUUCUCUCUCUCUCCCCAAGCAGGGCGUGUAGCGAAGCCAGAAUGGCGAGGGAGAAGAUCAAGAUCAGGAAAAUCGACAACAUCACAGCGAGGCAAGUGACUUUCUCCAAGAGGAGGCGAGGGAUCUUCAAGAAAGCCGAAGAACUCGCCGUUCUUUGUGACGCUAAUGUUGCGCUCAUCAUCUUCUCCGCCACGGGGAAGCUCUUCGAAUACGCGAGCUCAAGCAUGAAGGAUAUACUUGGAAAGUACUCACUGCAUUCAAAUAAGAUUGAGAGCAAGGACCAACCUACUCUUGAACUGCAGCUAGAGAAUAACAAUCUUGUGAGAUUGAACAAGGAAGUCUCAGAAAAGACCAAUCAGCUGAGGCAGAUGAGGGGCGAGGACCUUCAAGGUUUAAAUUUGGAAGAAUUACAGCGCUUAGAGCAAGCACUUGAAGCUGGACUAAGCCGUGUCCUUCACACGAAGGGCGAACGAAUCAUGAACGAAAUUUCCACCCUUAAAAGGAAGGGUGAUCAGUUGAUGGAAGAGAACCAGCAACUGAAACAGAAAAUAAUCAUUCUUUCCAAAGAAAAGAGGCCAGUUGCCAAUGUUGCCAUUGAAUGGGAAAACAAUUCGAUCCCUGAAGAAGGCCAGUCCUCGGAAUCUGUCACUAACGUCUGUAGCUGCAGUAGUGCACCGCCUCCAGAAGACUAUUGCUCUGAUACAUUUUUGAAGCUCGGGCUGCCUUAUAACUAGCUGUAAUUGGAAGGAGAUGGAAGGUAUCCAUAGUGUAAGAGGAUAUGCCCCCAGGAUUGAGGUGUGGUAGUGUUCACUCUUUUUGGAGUUGUAACAGUAAAUCACAGUGCAAGUGAUGAUUUGCAUUGUAUGUACUGCUUCGUCACAUUAUUAAGGGAUAUAUAUAAAUAUAUAUAUAUAGCUGUUAUUAGUUACUUCCCAUUUGGUUGUGAAUGCAAUGCAUACAAAAUUGUAUUACUUUCACUCAACUUGGGAUUGGCCACUUGAUUGAUAUUUUGAAGCUUUUUGAAGUGUAAUAUUAAGUUUCUUUAGUUU